AUGAACGGCCACGCAAACGUGCAGUCCGAAACUCGCUUCGACGUUGUCGUCGUUGGCGCGGGCAUCUCCGGCAUCAACGCCGCCUAUCGCCUGCAGGAGCAGCUACCAGGUGUCAGCUAUGCCAUCCUCGAAGCUCGCGAUGACCUAGGCGGGACUUGGGAUCUGUUCAAGUACCCCGGUAUCCGCUCUGACUCUGAUCUCUUCACAUUCGGCUUUGCAUUCAAUCCAUGGAAUUGCAGUAACCCCAUUGCGGAGGGCUCUGCCAUCAAGUCGUAUGUGCGCGACACCGCCGAGAAGUAUGGUAUCGACCAGCACAUUCUCUAUCGCACUAAGCUGCAGUCCGCCGACUGGUCUAGCCAGGAGAAUACCUGGGCCCUGAACGUGGAGGCGGAUGGAAACCCCAAGACCCUCACCGCGCGUUACGUGAUUUUUGGCACGGGCUAUUAUAACUACAACCAGCCUUUGGAGGCUAAGAUCCCCGGACUGGAAAAUUUCCAAGGCCAGAUCAUUCAUCCUCAAUUCUGGCCCGAGGACCUCGAUUACUCCAAGAAGAAGAUCGUGAUUAUCGGCAGCGGAGCGACCGCCAUCACUCUCCUCCCCAAUUUGGCCGGCAAGGCCGAGCGCGUCACUAUGCUCCAGCGCAGUCCAACCUACAUCCUGUCACUACCCAACCGUAGCGCUAGCCGCUGGUUAGCCUACAUCCUCCCCACAUCUGUAUAUCAGCGUCUCCAGCGCUUCAUCUGGAUCCUCACAUCCCGCUUCUUCUUCCUCUUCUGCCAGCGUUUCCCCAAUUUCUCCCGCUGGAUCCUCAAGAAAAACGUCAGUCGCCAGCUUCCAGCCCACAUCCCCCACGACCCGCACUUCAAGCCUCUCUACAACCCUUGGGACCAGCGAUUGUGCGUGUCCCCUGAUGGCGACUUCUUCGAGUGCCUGCGCAAGGGCAAGGCUGAUGUGCGCACCGAUACUAUUAAGACGGUGACGAAGAAGGGCAUUACCUUGAACUCAGGCGAGACCCUUGACGCUGAUAUCAUCGUUACUGCGACGGGAUUGAAGUUACAGAUUGCUGGUGGCUCGACCUUGUCUGUGGACGGUGACAAGAUCGAGGUUGGAUCCAAGUACCUGUGGAACGGUGUCAUGCUGCAGGAUCUCCCGAACGCGGCUUUCGUCAUCGGGUAUACCAAUGCCUCGUGGACUUUGGGCGCUGACGCGACCGCUCAAUUCGUUACUCGCCUUGUCAAGGACUUGGAAUCACGCAAGCUGAUUGCGGCCACACCCCGUCUCAAGUCUAGCCAGGCGUCGAGCAUUCAGGAACGACCGCUGCUCAACCUCAACUCGACUUAUGUCGCCGUUGCCCAGCGCACUCUCCCCAUGGCCGGUGACCAGGCGCCUUGGCAGCCGCGCGAACACUACGCCAAGGAUAUCAAGUUCGCUCUGAAGGGUGAUAUCAGUACCGGGCUGGAGUUUGUGCAGGGGCCGAGUUUCCGUCUUCGCCCUGUGGUACAGUGA